GACGGUCUCAGAUGCGUCCCCGCCCCCAGCCUGGGCCGGGGUCCGGAGCGCGGCUCCGUGGGGCGGGGGCCAGGACUGGGGCUAGGGCUACGGCCGGGGCUGGAGCCAGGGCCAGGGCUGGAGCUAGGGUCCAGGCUGCCGCACUGACAUCUCUGUCAGCUGGACCAUGGAGAUUGGCGCUUGCCCGAGCCCCCAGCGCCUGCUUAUCUGCCUGCAGCCGCUCUUCUUCUCGUUGCUUUUGGGGCCCAGCCGGCCUGGCACAGCCGAAGAGGUUGUCCUUCUAGAUUCCAAAGAAUCCCAAGCUGAGCUUGGCUGGACUGCACUACCCAGUAACGGGUGGGAGGAAAUCAGUGGCGUGGAUGAGAACGACCGACCAAUCCGAACGUACCAGGUGUGCAAUGUGCUGGAACCCAACCAGAACAACUGGCUGCAGACAGGUUGGAUUGGGCGGCGCGGCGGGCAGCGGAUUUUCAUCGAGCUCAAGUUCACACUUCGGGACUGUAGCAGUAUCCCGGGGGUGGCAGGAUCUUGCAAGGAGACCUUCAACCUCUACUAUACUGAGGCAGAGGCGGAGGCUGGGGCAGGAGUAGAAGGGGAGGGAAAGGGCGGGGCUGGUCUAGGAGGAAGUCUGAGCGAGAGCCGCCAGCGCAAGGUGGCUACCAUCGCAGCGGAUGAGAGCUUCACCCAAGGGGACCUGGGCGAGCGGAAGAUGAAACUCAACGUGGAGGUGAGGGAGAUCGGGCCACUGAGCAGGGACGGCUUCCACCUGGCCUUCCAAGAUGUGGGAGCCUGCGUGGCCCUCGUCUCCGUGCGGGUGUAUUACAAGCAGUGCCUGGCCACAGUGCAGAACCUGGCAGCCUUCCCAGACACUGUGGCAGAGGCUGCCUUUUCAUCGCUGGUGGAGGUCACUGGCACGUGUGUGGCCCAUUCGGAGGGGGAGCCCGGCCGCCCUCCCCCUCGAAUGCACUGCAGUGCCGAUGGGGAGUGGCUCGUGCCUGUGGGCAGGUGCAGCUGCAGCGCUGGCUUCCAGGAGCGAGAGGAGUCCUGUGAAGCCUGCCCCCCUGGAUUUUACAAGGUGUCCCCGCGGAGGCCACUCUGCUCCCCGUGCCCCGAGCAUAGCAGCGCUCUGGCCAACGCCUCCACGCUCUGCGUCUGCCAGGACAGCUACUCCCGCUCCCCAGCGGACCCACCCUCAGCCUCCUGCACCCGUCCUCCAUCUGCCCCCAGGGAUCUGGUCUACAGGCUGAGCCGCUCCACCCUGUUGCUGCGCUGGAGUCCCCCUGAGGACUCUGGCGGCCGUUCCGACAUCACUUACACGGUCCUGUGCCAGCGUUGCGGCGAGGAUGGCCCGGGCGUGGGGCAGGGGCAGGGUCUUGUCCAGGGACACGGGGGCUCCGGGGGCACCUGCGAGUCCUGUGGGCCCAGCGUGAGUUUCGUGCCGCGCCAGACCGGACUGCGAGAGAGAACAGUCACCUUGCUCAACCUGCUCCCGCACUCCCACUACACCAUCCGGGUGGCAGCUCUCAACGGCGUCUCAGGCCUGGGCGCCGUGGGGACCACUUAUGCCCAAGUCACCGUGUCCACGGGUCUGGCGGUAUCCAGUGGAGUGACUGAGAUCCACCCAGACCGAGUAGAACCCAAGAGUGUCUCACUCUCCUGGGAGGAGCCAGGGUUCCCAGGGACCCCAGGAGCCAACAACACUGAGUAUGAAAUUCAGUACUUUGAGAAGGGUCAGAGGGAACAGACCUAUGCCACUGUCCGUACGGGAGCGCCUGCUGUCACAGUCAAUAAUCUGAAGCCAGCCACGCUCUAUGUUUUCCAAAUCCGAGCAGCCUCCCCCUCUCUUUCCCCAGAAGUUGGAAACUUCACUCCCAGCAUAGAAGUAGAAACUCUAGUGGAGGCUGGCCCAGGGUCUAGGAAACAGAACCCUGCCGUGGUUGCUGUGAUAGUCGCUGUAGCUGCCCUCCUCAUCCUUGGCUUCGGGCUCAGUUCGUUGGCUAUCUGGAAGAGGCAGUGCGGAUACGGAAAAGGCCUCGGAGAUGGUAAUGAUGAAGAGCUCUACUUCCAUUUUAAGGUCCCAACGAGGAGGACAUAUAUUGACCUGGAAAACUGUGCAGAUCCCAUGCAGGCCUUGCACCUGUUUGCCAAAGAGCUGGACAGCUCCACUGUGUCUGUCCACAGCAUCAUUGGUACAGGCCAGUUUGGAGACCUGUGCAGUGGCUGCCUGAGGCUGCCAGGCGGGCGGGAGCUGUUGGUGGCUGUGCACACCCUCAGGGAUGGCGCUUCAGAAAAGCAAAAGCUCCGUUUCCUCGCAGCAGCCUGUGCCCUGGGUCAGUUUGACCAUUCCAAUAUCGUCCGGCUGGAAGGCGUUGUCACCCGAGGAAUCACUAUGAUGAUCGUCACUGAGUACAUGGGCAAUGGGGCCCUGGAUGACUUCCUCAGGAGGUAUGAUGGGCAGCUGACUGUGAGCCAGCUGCUGGGGCUGCUGCCUGGGGUGGCAUCUGGAAUGCGCUACUUGUCUGAGAUGGGCUACGUCCACCGGGGCCUGGCUGCCCGACACGUCCUAGUCAGCAGCAGCCUUGACUGCAAGAUCUCAGGCUUUGGGCAGGGUCCCCAGGACCAGGCUGAAGCUGUCUACACCACCUUGAGUGGCCGGAGCCCAGUUCUAUGGGCUGCCCCCGAGACUGUCCAGUUGGGUCAGUUUACCUCAUCCAGUGACGUGUGGAGCUUUGGAAUCCUCAUGUGGGAGGUGAUGGCGUUCGGAGAGCGGCCAUACUGGGACAUGUCCAGCCAGGAUGUGAUCAAGGCCAUUGAGGAUGGCUUCCGGCUCCCAGCUCCCCGGAGUUGUCCCUCCUCGCUGCACCAGCUCAUGCUCCAUUGUUGGAGGAAGGACCCAAGGGAGCGGCCUAGGUUCACACAGAUCCAUAGUAUCCUGUGCAAGAUGGCGGAAGACCCAGAGACUCCCCCAAGUGCCACCCUCACCUGUCCCAGAUAUGUCCCAGACAACCUCACCUGUCCUAGAUAUAUCCCUGACAUCCUCACUCUCACCUGUCCCAGUUCUGUGGAUGAGUGGCUGGAGGCCCUAAAUCUGGACCAGUACAAGGACAGGUUUGCUGCUGCUGGUUAUGACUGCCUCGAGUCUGUGGCCAUGAUGAAUCUUGAUGACUUGUUCAGCCUGGGGAUCUUUCCUCGAGCACAUCGAGACAUCCUCCUGAGUGGGAUUCGAAUGCUCCGGGCACGAGUAAUUGAGCUGCAGGGGCAGGGGGUUCAAGUGUGAGCCGGAUUCCCCCUUUGUCACCUGUUGGUGAGGCCCAAGGACACUGGCUCUUGUGCCCUGCCCCAUUCCCCAUUCAGCCCUGUUCUCUAGCUGGGCUCCAGGGGAUCUGGAGCCCAUACUCUGCCCGGAGGUUGGUGGCCUCCUCGGGCUUCUGAUAUCUUUUCUGACCUCAAGCCACCAGACUCUAAGCUGGAUCCCAGUUUGGAGUGGAUCCCAGGGUACAGAGCCUGCCUGGAGGAGUGGGGCAGGUGUGAUUGGCAGGGGGGACCAGUGACUCUCCUGCUCCUCAGUCCCAACCUGCUCUGUUCCCUUAGUAGCUUCCUGCCCCUUAAUUCCCAUCCCUAUCCCCUGAUCUCAAUAAUCAGUCUUUAUACCCAAAUCUGUGGGACCCUCAGGCCUGUGAGAGCAGAUGAGGGGCUCUGGGAAGUACACAUGCUGAGCCUUCUCAGUUCUCCCAGUCCAUCCACUUUUCUCUUCCACACACACCCUAUUUUGUCCCUCUGGCAUUGGACUCAGAGGAUUGAGGAGUAGGGAGCCAGAGCUUUGGAAGGGAACAUCUGUUUCCGUGGUUCUCCCUCGUCCUAGGAAUGUUGGCCAGAUAGGGAUCCUCCGGGGUGCCCCUCCCCUCCCUGACCCCCAGCUCUCAUGCAUGAGAGGAGCCCGGGUGGGCACUGGGGAGCCGCCCAGAAACCUUGGGAUCUAGCUAGCUAACCUGAAGGUUGGUCUGAGAAUUCCCAGUCUCAGGUGCUUAUAGAGACAAAUCUCUGUCUGUCUUCUGUUCCUCUGUUGCCCUCCGGAGUCUUGUCGAAACUAUCACCUCUUCAAGGCCAUGUCAUCUCCUCCCAUUAUCAUCCAUCCCCCUGACUCCCAGACCAAUGAGAAUCUGUCCUGUUUAAAGACAUCACUGCCUCCUUGAAAGUUCUUCAACAGGUCUAGCUUCAGUCUUUAUUGCUGCCAGUUCCUUUUCACCCUGGAGUCAGAGAGGAACCCACCUUCUGAGUAAUUCACCCUGGAUCUGCCACACUCCUGCUGCCAGCCCAGGGGGAUGAGGAAGACAAACAGGCUUCUUACUUUGAAUUCCUUUAUAAACUAGCAGGAGUUUUGCCUUCCCUCCCCACUCCCCCCUGUACCCCAGGUAAGAACUUGGAGCUGCUUUCUCUGUUCUCAGCACAUAAAAGCCCUAUUUUCCGGUGUUCAGAGUGUAGGGAAGAGAAUCCUAGAAUGUCAGAUCUAUAAGACAGCUGAGGUAAUUGAGUCCAGCCUUCCCAUUUUAUGGAUGGAGAAAGUGAGUCCCAGAGAGAGGAAGCAGCUUAUUCUGAGUUGCUGAAUGAGUAGGAGAGCUGGGACUAGAACAGAGGUUUCUUUGAGUAGGGCUUUUCCCAUUUCACCAGGCUGCCUCCUAGAAAACCCUUUGGUGUUUUUUAUUCCCCUCUGAUAUAGUGGCCCAGAGGAGGGAAGCCUUGGAAGUUCUUUUAGAAUAGGUGGGAGCUGACCUGGACUUUGAAGGAUGGGUAUAGAGAUAGCCAGGAGGUAGGGCACAGCUGGACGGCACAGCUGAUGAUGAUCCAUGAUGGUUUGGGACGCACGAGUGAGUUGCAAGUUCAAUGCCUGGCAUAAGUGGGGUAGGCUGGGGAGGAGGGAAGUUAGGUGGGCUGGGCAGAAGCAGAAGGCCACAAGACCAGGGAGAGGGAGGAGUUAAUCCUGAUUGGUCUGUAUUGGACCAGGUACAGACCAACAGAUUUCCAAGGGUCGCUAGUCUGGAACCCACAGCAGGAAAAAAAGGGGGAAAAAAACCCAAAGAGGAAAAAAAGUCCCUCACCCUCCCACUCCCAGUCACAUUAUUUCUGCAAGGCAAAACAUCGCUGACUACUGUGGAGGAAACCUCUGUGUAGACGGGAACUAUUGGUGCUGAGUGGAGUGAUCUUUUCCUCCCCUGAGUGUGAUCCUAGGCUCCAGCUAGUUAGCUGACUUCAGACUUUUUUGGACUGUAGCUUGUGACAUCUAAAGAUGGGCUGAAAGAACUAGUGAUGUUUAACUUGGACGAGAAGUAAACCUUGAUGGAGCUGGUAGCCUGUCUUAAAAUACCUGAAGGGCUAUCACAGGGAAGAGGAAUUGGGUUGGAUCUGCUUAGCCCCAGAGGACAGGACCAGGAGCAGGGAGGGACAAUUUCCUUCCCAUCAGAGCUGUCCCAAGGUGGAUGGGGGUGCUGGAGUAUGAUUUAGGGAGAAUGCUGUAAAGGGCAUUACUGUAAAAGAAAUGGUGGUAGGAAACAUUCUCUGUCUUUGUGGAGGCCCCCCCCCAGCUCUGAUACUCUGUGAUGAUAACCCAAGUUAUACAUGGUACACCCCCCCAUUCUAUACAAAUCUAUUUUUCUAUGAAAGUUGUUAAUUUCACCACAGUGUAAGCCUAUGGGGCGGAGGGGGUGGGGUGUGAUGGGGCGGGGAGUUCUUUGUGAUUUGAUUUCUUUCUUUAAUUUUGGAGAUGUUUUGUAUUUAUGGGGUCCUGUCUGCUACAUGCAAUAAUAAAGACGUAUGGACACCUGGACUGUGAAAUAAAGGGAA